CAUGACUGUCCAAAAUGGCGUCAAUGUCUUUUCAGGUUGCCAUAUGCCUUUCUGGGCUGCUCAUAAUUCUAUGUGGUGACAAUGUCUCAUGCAGAGAAUUCCCAACUCUUGACCACUUGGUGACAGAUACCCCAGAACAGCAACAGGCAAAGGCUGUCAUGGAUAUGAUUGGUCGACUACUUCCCAACCUCACCAACAGUUUUUAUGUGUCAGUGGAUAAAAAGUUAGGACCUGUCAAUAAAGACACCUUCCAGAUCUCAACUAUGAGUGGCCAGCUACAAAUCCAGGGCACUAGUGGAGUAGCUGCUGCCUGGGGCUUGCAUUAUUACCUUAAGUAUUAUUGUGGGUGCCACAUAUCCUGGGGAGGGAGACAGCUCAAUAUUCCCACCCCCAUGCCUCGAGUACCAUACCCUGGAGUGAAGAAGACAUCAAAUGAUAGGUUCCGUUACUAUCAGAAUGUGUGUACAGUGAGUUACUCAUUCGCUUGGUGGGACUGGGCAAGAUGGGAGGAAGAGAUUGAUUGGAUGGCUCUCAGUGGUAUUAACCUACCACUUGCUUUCAAUGGGCAGGAAGCCAUAUGGCAAAAGGUUUAUAUGAAGUUAGGCCUAACAAGAGCAGAGGUUGAUGAACAUUUUGGUGGUCCUGCAUUUUUUGCUUGGGCCAGGAUGGGUAACAUUCGAGGAUGGGGUGGUCCCCUCUCUGACAACUGGCACCAACAACAACUGGCCCUCCAACACAAGAUUCUCGAGAGAAUGGCAGUGUUUGGAAUGACACCUGUUCUCCCAGCCUUUGCUGGACAUGUGCCAAAGGGCCUAACGAGGCUGUUCCCAAAUUCCAGUAUAACUCGCCUCAGUGACUGGGGAGGAUUCAAGGACCAAUACUGCUGCACAUAUCUCUUAGACCCAAAUGAUAAGCUGUUUCAACAAAUAGGAGGGGAUUUUAUCAAGGAGUACAUCAAAGAGUUCAACUACACCAGCCAUAUCUACAACACAGAUACAUUCAAUGAGAUGACCCCCAAGUCUAGUGAUCCUGCCUACCUAUCAUCAACUAGUAAAGCUGUGUAUGAUGCUAUGAUAGCAGGAGACUCACAGGCAAUAUGGCUUAUGCAGGGUUGGCUGUUCCUCAGUGGAUUCUGGAAGCCUCCCCAAGCUAAGGCACUUCUGACUGGUGUCCCACAGGGACAUAUGAUUGUAUUGGACCUGAUGGCAGAGCUGUCACCUCAAUACCAGAGAUUGGAAUCCUACUACGGCCAGCCCUUCAUCUGGUGCAUGUUGCACAACUUUGGAGGCAACAACCAAAUGUUUGGCAAUCUUGAGAGCAUCAAUAAGAAUCCAUUUGUUGGUAGAAACUUCACUGACAGCACUAUGAUUGGUACAGGCCUUACACCAGAGGGGAUCAAUCAGAACAACAUGGUCUAUGAGUUCAUGAAUGAGAAUAUCUGGAGAACAGAACCAAGGAAUAUCAUGGACUGGGUUGCUGCUUUUGUGAAGAGACGAUAUACUGGAACAAAUGAUAACAUUGAAAAGGCUUGGACUUUAUUAGCGAACUCUGUAUUCAAUGGAGCUGGAGUCAAAGAUGGUCCCCAAGGCAUUCAGAUCAUUCUCUCUCCAAGACUGGACAUGAAGCAGACAGUGUGGUAUGACCCUAAUGAUGUCCUAAUGGCCUGGGAUAACAUGAUCAUGGCUGCUCAGUCAAAACCAUUCUCAAUGAGCAAACUGUUCAAGUAUGACUUGGUGGAUCUGACAAGGCAGAGUCUACAGGUUAUCUCUAUACAGAAGUACACAGACCUCAUCACUGCCUACAAGAACAAAGAUCAGGAUGCCCUCCUGAAUGCGAUAGGAGCCCUACUUGACCUCCUAGAAGAUCUAGAUCAGGUGCUUGCCACAGAUGAACAUUUCAUGCUUGGCAAAUGGCUUGCCUCAGCUCAGGCUCUGGGAGUCAACCCAAAAGAGAAACAGCAAUAUGACCUGAAUGCAAGAUACCAGAUAACUACAUGGGGGCCCAAUGGUGAGAUUCUGGACUAUGCCAACAAACAAUGGUCUGGUCUUGUCAUGGAUUACUACAAACCUAGAUGGCAAUUAUUUUCUUCAUACCUCAUGGAUUCAGUGUCAAAGGGUGUGCCAUAUAAUGCUACAGCAUUUAGAGAAGAGGUGUUCCAGAAAGUAGAACUUGCAUUUGUUCAAAAUGGCAAGACAUAUCCCAUCACUGAGACAGGUGACUCGUACCAGAUCUCAACAACAAUACAUUCCAAGUAUCGACCAAAGACACUCACAAGGUCCAGCAAACUCUACUUCAAGAAACUCCCUAAGCUCACAAGAAAGGGCAAGAAAUUUGUGAAGUUUGCCAGGAAGUUCCAAAUGCAGUUUGAAAAUGUAGGAAACAGUGUUGAUAUGGUAUACUUGUAAACUGCCUAAUAUGAUGAUACUGAACAUUCUAUGCAAAAUAUUUAGCUCAUAGUACUAUUGUAUCUUUGAAAAAAUUGUUAUUUGAUACUAUGCAUGAACAAUUUGUUCAGCACAGUCAUUUUAAUAAAGGAAAUUAAGGGUUACUGAGUGUGAUCUAUUCAUGCCAAUGUUUUCCUUGCAGUCAUUAAUUUAGUUAUUGAAGUUAUUGGACAUUGAAGAUUCAGAAAUUCUAAAUUCAUUAGAAUUGAAAAAUCUGUUUUUGCAGAUAACCACUAAAAAUCGAAUGAUUAUGUGAAAGUCUUAACUGUUAGACGUUUUAGAGAAUAGCCAUUUUUUCUGUAUCCCUUUUACUUCCUGUUAGGACUUAAGCAGUGCAAUUUUUGAACAGAUCUUGUACAGAUUUGAUAAACCUGUCAAAUAUGAACAUUAAAUCAUUAUGUAUGAAUAUAUAAAGAUAUAUAGUACUAUUAUAUGCACCAGGGUUGGCUAAUUUUACUUACAUACAUAUAGAUGUUAACCUUAUUUGUAAAACUAUAUACAACUGAUAAUACCCUGCAUGCAAAGUCUAGUUAUAAACUAGAAGAUGAAGCUCUCUUUUAAGAAGUGACGUUGAACAAAUGCAAAGGGUGCAACUGAUAUUGCCUGUGAUACUCAACUCAUACAAUAAGAGAUGGUGCCCAAA